AUGCGUGAGGCGAUUUGCAUUCACAUCGGCCAGGGAGGUGUGCAGAUUGGCAAUGCCUGCUGGGAACUCUUUUGCCUGGAACAUGGUAUUCAGCCUGAUGGUCAGAUGCCGUCUGACAAGACAAUUGGGGGAGGUGAUGAUGCUUUCAACACGUUCUUCUCAGAGACGGGUGCUGGAAAGCAUGUACCCAGAUGCGUCAUGGUUGACCUGGAGCCAACUGUGGUGGACGAAGUUCGCACUGGCACCUAUCGCCAACUUUUCCACCCUGAGCAAUUGAUUUCGGGAAAGGAGGAUGCGGCCAAUAACUUUGCCAGGGGGCACUACACCAUCGGGAAGGAGAUUGUGGAUCUUGUGUUGGACAGAAUCCGCAAGUUGGCAGACAAUUGCACAGGAUUGCAAGGGUUCUGCGUGUACAACGCUUGCGGUGGUGGCACUGGAUCCGGCUUGGGCUGCCUCAUGCUGGAGAGGCUCUCCGUUGAUUAUGGCAAAAAAAGCAAGAUCUCCUUCACUGUGUGGUGCUGCCCACAGGUGGCCACCGCAGUUGUCGAGCCCUACAAUACCGUGCUGUGUGUGCACUCUUUGCUGGAGCACACCGAUGUGACUAUCAUGUACGACAAUGAGGCGCUUUACGACAUUUGCCGCAGGAACUUGGACAUUGAACGUCCAACCUACACCAAUCUGAAAAGGUUGAUUGCCCAGAUCAUUUCUUCAUUGACAGCUUCGUUGCGCUUCGAUGGUGCUCUGAAUGUUGACAUUACAGAGUUCCAAACAAAUUUGGUUCCAUAUCCACGCAUUCACUUCAUGCUGACAUCCUACGCGCCUGUGAUCUCAGCAGAGAAGGCAUACCACGAGCAGUUGUCAGUUGCAGAGAUCACCAUGUCUGUCUUUGAGCCUGCCUCCAUGAUGGUGAAGUGCGAUCCUCGUCACGGCAAGUACAUGGCAUGCUGCAUGAUGUAUCGAGGAGAUGUGGUGCCAAAGGAUGUCAACGCAGCUGUGGCUACCAUCAAGACCAAGCGUACCAUUCAGUUUGUGGACUGGUGCCCAACUGGCUUCAAGUGCGGCAUCAACUACCAGCCACCGACAGUUGUCCCCGGGGGCGACUUGGCCAAGGUCAUGCGCGCCUGCUGCAUGAUUUCAAAUUCCACAGCCAUCGCAGAGGUCUUCUCCCGCAUUGACCACAAGUUUGAUCUGAUGUACUCAAAGCGCGCCUUCGUGCAUCAUUAUGUGGGUGAAGGCAUGGAGGAGGGCGAGUUUUCAGAAGCGCGUGAAGACCUGGCUGCUUUGGAAAAGGACUACGAAGAGGUGGGAAUUGCGUGUUCUUCUUGGCCUGUUUAUGAACAUCUGUUGCGUGUUCUUCGUACCCUCGAGGACGAGUCCAACCGUGUGGUGCAAGCUGAGAAUCACUCUCGGCUCAAUGCUUGGAAAUUCUCGUGUCGUCGCAACUGGCGUGAUCCUGGUCGUCGCCGCUUUGUCUACACUUGGGUUCGUGAUGCGUGGCUAUGGCGAUGA